GUUUGGGAUGGCUACCGGCGGCCCGGAGCCUGGGCCGUCGGAGAGCUCGCGGAGUUGUGACUUAAGCCUUCAUGGCUUUUCGGAACAACCGUGGUCUGUGUUUGCGGCAGCCCUGGGCCGAGAUCACCCGAUAAGUGAUGAUAAAUCCGAAUGCCUCAACAAGUCUUACGUGCAUAGAUUUGAUUGCGAUUAUAUGGGUCUCUUUGGGUUCUUUCCUAACCGAGAAGAUUUUUUAACUGUUGUCUGUGAUGAAUGUAAACAUUAUUUAAUACCACAUAGAGUCAAGCAACAUUUGUUGAUUUAUCAUAAGAAGGAUUCAACAGCUACUAAACCUAUUCAAAAUGAUCUGUUCAUUAAGCACAAAGAACAUGAGCAUAAUGCAUCCAAAAGGUUCAGAAAUUCAAUCCUGAUAUUCACUGUGGCGUGGUAUCGGAGGAGGAUUCAAAGCCUUGCAUGCAUUCUUUGA